AUGCGAACCGCUGCGGGUGUGUAUGUUAAGUUAACAUCCCGAAAGCGGUCCGCAAAACACGAUGCGAGGUGCAGAAUCGGAUUGCAUAGGUGUGAAAACCCAUGCAAUCUGAUUCUAGUGUGGACCAAAAAAAGGGUCCUGCACGUAUUUUGUGCUGGUGCGAUGCAAUUAGAGCCAUACAAAAUGUAUGGCUCCAAUCGCACCGCACAUAAAUUGCAUGUGAUUUGCAAAGUUAUGCGGUGUGGUUCCUGUGUGAAUCACAUGUGAUAUACCACACCGCAUAUCUGUGAACCCAGGCUGAAGUGUCAUUAAAACC